UCAUGCUGCUGCCAGGUCCAGAGUCUCUCAUGGGUCCCUGUACGGCCUCCCAUUGCUGCUGUCUCCAUCGCCACACUCUGCCAUGUGCCACUUUCAGGUCUCCUCACACACUGCUGGUGUGUUGAAUUUUUUGACAUAGGGUGCUGGCAGAUUACGGGCCUCCCAUAGCUGCUGCCAGGCCCCUAAUCUGCCAUGGGCCCCUAUGUACCGCCUCCUCAUGCUGCUGCCAGGUCCAGAGUCUCUCAUGGGUCCCUGUACGGCCUCCCAUUGCUGCUGUCUCCAUCGCCACACUCUGCCAUGUGCCACUUUCAGGUCUCCUCACACUGCUGGUGUGUUGAAUUUUUUGAC